AUGGGAACAAAUAAUGUUGAAAUUCUUCUACUGGGCGUAGCACAAGAUGGUGGCAUGGCUCAAAUACGUUGUCAAUGUAAAAAUUGUAGUGCAGUUCAUAAUGGUAGACUAUCGCAACAAUAUGCAGUUAGUUUAGCUAUUAUUGAUCGAACUACAAAUCAAGUUUGGCUUAUUGACUGUUCACCGGAUUUUCGAGCUCAAUAUGACUUAUUACAAAAUCAUUUUGGAUUUAAUAAUACGUUUAAAAUCGAAGGAAUAUUUUUAACUCAUUUACAUAUGGGACAUUAUGUUGGUUUAUAUCAAUUCGGACGUGAAACAUUAGAUACUAAAGGUUUAAAAAUUUAUGGUACUGAAAGUGUUUGUCAAUUUUUUCGAAAUAAUCAACCAUGGUCAACAUACAUUGAAAUUGGAAAUUUUCAAUUGAAUCCUAUUUUACCUCAAGAUGAAAUUCAACUUUCAGCAAAUCUUUUCAUUAAAUCUCAAAUUGUUCCACAUCGAGCAGAAUUUAGUAAUACUGUUGCGUAUUUCAUUCGUGGACCAUCGCGACAUAUUUUCUAUUGUCCCGAUGUUGAUAGCUGGGAACGAGGCUGGUCAAAUGACAAUGGUUUAUUACCGAUUGAUAUUGUUCAAAAUGUGGAUCAAGCAUUUCUUGAUGCAACGUUCUUCAGUGCCGAUGAAUUACCAAACCGUAACAUCGACGAAAUCCCACAUCCAACUGUUUUACAGACAUUAGAAAAAUUUAAAGGAUUAGAACAUAAAAUUACUUUAAUCCAUUUAAAUCAUUCGAAUCCAUUAUACGAUAAACAAAGUAAACAGCGAGAACAAUGUAAUCAAGUUGGUAUUAAUAUUGGAAUUCAAGGACGUGUUUAUGAAAUAUAA